AGCUCACCCUGGAUAUCAAGAGAGUCGUGCUGUGGUCUGACUCCACCACAGUACUCACCUGGCUGAGUUCUGAGUCUUGUCGCUUCAAGGUCUUUGUUGGCACCCGCAUAGCAGAGAUUCAGGAGCUCACCCACCUUCACACCUGGUUGAUUCAGCCCAAAACCCUGCUGAUGACAUAACGCGAGGAAAGUCACUUCUGGACUUAAGCAGACCCAACAGAUGGAGCCAAGGCCCCCCCUUUCUGCUCUUACCCCCAGAUGAGUGGCCCUCAGACCCUGAGCAGUAUCUGUACAGAGCCUCUGGACCCUGCUGAACUUCGCAAAGAGGCCUUCUGCGGAGUUUCUGCUGCCGCCAACCCUGUCACCUCAAGCUUCAGUGAGUGUAAUACCUGGAUGCAGUUGUUAGAAGCGACAAUCCUGCAGUUAAAUGGGGCGGCCACCAGAGAAGGACCACCCUCUGCAGAAGAUUACCGUCAAGCCGAGAUCCUUGUCCUACGGAGAGUUCAGUAGGAGGUCUUUCCAGAGGAAUAUCGUCUCCUCAAGUCUGGCAAACCUAUCAGCCGCAGUAGUCGUCUCAUAGCACUUGCCCCUGAGUUCGACCACGAGAGUGAAGUCAUCAGGGUAGGUGGGCGUCUUCGUCGCUCUGAAGAUCUUGCCUUCUCCAAUCUUCACCCUGUAGUGUUGGAUCCAGCUCACCCCUGCACUCGCCUGCUUAUCCAGGACUUUGACAGUCGCUUGCGUCACCCAGGACCAGAGAGGGUCUUUGCGGAGAUCCGGCGUUCCUAUUGGAUUCUGAGAGGCCGGGAAGCUGUUCAGCGCUUCUAGAGAACCUGUCCUGAGUGUCGCAGAUGGAGAUCACAGCCCACUGUCCCCAAGAUGGCUGAUUUACCAGUUGCCCGACUCCGCCUGUACAAGCCUGCCUUUUAUUCGACAGGCAUGGACUGCUUCGGACCUUUCGAAGUCAAGAUAGGUCGUCGUGUGGAGAAGAGGUGGGGCAUAAUCUUUAAGUGCCUUACUGUCAGGGCUGUUCACCUUGAUGUCCUCACCUCCAUCGAUACUGACUCCUUCCUCAUGGCGCUCCGGCGGUUCAUUGCCAGGAGAGGAACUCCAGCUGAGCUGUAUUCAGAUCGAGGCACCAACUUUCGCGGUGGAGAAAGUGAACUCCAAACAGCUUUUAUGUUCAUGACCUCUGACCUGCAAAGGCUCCUAGUUCCUCAGAAGAUCCACUUCCACUUCAAUCCUCCAGCAGCUCCUCAUUUCGGAGGAGUAUGGGAGCAGGAGAUUCGAUCAGUCAAGACUGCGCUCUACACUACAGUUGGAGCCCAGCCCCUGCAAGAAGAAGUCCUCCACACGGUCUUAGUGGAGGUGGAGGGCAUCCUGAAUUCCAAACCGUUGGGCUAUGUCCCAUCUGACGUCAGUGAUCCUGAUCCUGUCACUCCCAACUGCCUUUUAAUGGGGCGGCCGGAUGUAUCACUUCCUCAAGUGGUCUAUCCUAAAGAAGAGCUCCUGAGUCGCCGGAGGUGGAGGCAUUCUCAAGUGCUUGCCGAUCACUUCUGGUCUCGCUUCAUCCGGCUGUAUCUUCCUGGUCUGCAGUACCGGCAGAAGUGGCAGUCAUCCUCCGCAGAUGUCACAGAAGGUUCUGUGGCAAUGAUUGUGGAUCCACAGCUGCCUCGGGCUUCAUGGCUCGUGGGCCGCAUCUCCAAGGUCCACCCCAGUCCCGACGGACACAUCAGGUCUGCUGACGUUAAGAUAAAGGAUAGAACAUUCACCCGACCUGUUGCAAGGCUGGUGAUCCUGCCAGCCCUCCCAGAUGAAGAUAAAGGACUGUCGCCCUGAGAUGAGCGUUUAUUUGGUAGUUGCCUUUUGUUGUGAGCAAAUGUACUUCAUACAUUUGGGGGCGGCUGUACAAAAGGCCCUUUGAGUUCUAAGUUCUUGUUAGUUAAGUUUUCUUGUUUAUUGUAAUCUGUGGAGGGUCCACUAGAGGGCGCUCUGACCUCCUAUAUUGUCUAAAUUGUGACUGGGGAAAACGUGGUUCCUGUAAAAUGGAGUUUACUUUAGAUUAGCAGAUUGGUUUUUUGGAAGUGUGCGUUUAUGACUGCAAAACCACACACCCAUAUGCAUAGUACUCAUGUUCAACCCCAUCAAUGUGUACCUCCUUAUGUCAAUACAAGAGCCUGAACGCCA